CGAAACUGGACAGUGCACCGAACUACCUUUUUUAUAUUCAAAACACCUCUCCAAACUCCAAAGGCCAAAUUAAACUAAAAAAACAUCUCUCUUUUUAUAAUCAUUUAUCAAUUCAGUAUAAUUGAUUAUCAUCAUUUUCAAAUAAAAAAGAAAUAUAUCUAAUCUUUGUUCAUCCCUUUAUACGCAGUUUUGCCUCAGUGUUUAUUCGGAAGGAAAUGCCUGGCGUGGCUGUAAAACUAUACAGCCUCUUCUUCAAGUUUAUGUUGAAACAUCGCUUACAAAAUCGUAUCCAAAUUGAUGACACCAGUAGUAACGUUCACUCAUUUGGUGUUACAUCUCGUCGCAAUGAAGAAUCCGUUGCUCCUUCAAAUCCGUUAUUCACUGACGGAGUUGCAACGAAGGACUUACAUGUCAAUCCAGGAACUGUUGUUUCAGUUAGAAUCUUUUUGCCUGAAUCUUGCCUGAGUGUUCAUGAAGAAUCUGAUCAGAAAUGGCAAAUGCAAUCGACGGGCAAUGUGCUUGGAUCUGAUUCAAAUCAGGCACUUUUACGUCGAAACAGUUAUGGAAAUCACAAGAACAAUGGGUAUAGUCAUAGGAGAACUAGUCUUGGUUGUGUUGCUGAUGAUGUUUAUAGAGGUUAUUCGCCUGUUGCGAAAAAAAACUGCAGGAAAUUGCCUGUAAUGUUGCAGUUUCAUGGCGGGGGUUUUGUGAGUGGCAGUAAUGAUUCGACAGCGAAUGAUUUGUUUUGUAGAAGGAUAGCUAAGCUUUGCGAUGUUAUUGUUUUAGCUGUUGGAUACAGGUUAGCGCCUGAGGAUCGUUAUCCAGCCGCGUUUGAGGAUGGAUUGAACGUGUUGAAUUGGCUUGCGAAACAGGCUAAUUUAGCUGAAUGUAGUAAGUCAGUGGGGAUUAGACGUGGUGGAGGGACGGAUUUGAAGAAGUCUGAUAGUUUCGGGCAUAUAGCUGAUGCAUUUGGAGCGUCGUUGGUUGAGCCUUGGUUGGCUGCUCACGCGGAUCCAUCAAGGUGUGUACUCCUAGGAGUCAGUUGUGGGGGAAAUAUAGCUGAUUAUGUAGCUCGAAAAGCUGUAGAGUCAGGUAAGCUUUUGGAUCCGGUGAAGGUGGUGGCGCAGGUUUUGAUGUAUCCUUUUUUCAUUGGAAGUGUUCCAACACAUUCCGAGAUUAGGUUAGCAAAUUCCUAUUUCUACGACAAGGCCUUGUGUACUCUCGCGUGGAAGUUAUUUUUACCUGAAGGGGAGUUCGACUUGGAUCACCCUGCCGCUAAUCCUCUUACCCCCGGAAGAGGACCUCCAUUAAAGCGGAUGCCACCAACAUUGACAGUGAUAGCGGAGCAUGACUGGAUGAGAGACCGAGCCAUUGCUUAUUCAGAGGAAUUACGCAAGGUAAAUGUUGAUGCACCUGUUCUCGAGUACAAGGAUGCAGUUCAUGAGUUUGCAACUCUAGACAUGCUUCUUAAGACCCCUCAAGCUCAGGCUUGUGCCGAGGACAUUGCUAUCUGGGUUAAGAAAUAUAUUUCACUUCGAGGUCAUGAGUUCUCGUAUUGAGUCAGAUACACGGUCCUGUACAUUGCCAUAGUGACAUAACGAUACCUGGGAUUUCAGGUCUACCUACCAUAUCGUCCUUGUUGUGUCCCUUUUGUAAUAUAGAUGACUUGCCGGAAAAAUAGAAAUUAGUUGAGUUUGAGCUACAUAUCCCUCCUUACGCGAGUUUAAUUAUGCUUCGUUUGACAUCCUCGUCAACAAUUUUUCCUGUAAUGAGAUGUACCUCUGCCAUAACAGAUGAAGCAAUUUGUAAGUUUCAA